AUGGCUUUUACCAAGCAGACUGCCCGUAAGUCCACUGGGAAAGCGGCCCCUCGCAAGCAGCCGGUCACGAAAGUCGCUCGCGAGAGCGCCCCAGCCACCGGAGGAGUCAAGAAGCCGUAUCGCUAUCGGCCAGGAACAGUCGCUCUGCGUAAGAUCCGUCGCUAUCAGAAUUCGAUGGAGCUGCUGAUCCACAAGUUGAUUUUCCAGCGCCGGGUCCGUGAAAUCGCUCAGGACUUCAAGACCGAUCUGCGAUUACAGAGCUUGGCCGUCAUGGCCCUGCAGGCACGAGCGAGGCCUAUCUUUGAGGGUACUAACUUGUGCGCGAUCCACGCCAAGCGUGUCACCAUCAUGCCGAAGGCCUUAUAG